AUUUAUUAUUGAUAAUACACCUGAGAUCUAUCAAGAACUGCAUUUCAGUAUCCCCAUCUUCACAUAUUCACUCACUCCUAAUUUCCCCGCGAAAAUAAAAAGAUAAUCGGGGAAGUUAAAUUAAAUCAUAUAUAAAGGCUUAAUCUCCACGCACAAACAUCUUCAUCUCUUGCUGCAAAUUUUACGAGGGAUUUGAAUCAUGUGGAGCACCAUUGCUAAUUUGAAAGAGAAUUUGAACAAGAUCGCACUCGAUGUUCACGACAAAGACGAAGAAGAAGAUGAAGUGAGCAAGGAAUCUUCUGUCUCCGAUAGCUGGAAUUCUAACGGAUUUGUCCGUUCUAAUGGUGUUGAUCGUGUUUUGCUUUCUGAGAUAGAACAGUACAAAGCGGAAAUCGAGAGACUUCAAGCCUCUGAGGCAGAAAUUAAAGCACUGUCAAUAAAUUAUGCAGCUCUAUUAAAAGAAAAAGAGGAUCUGAUUGUUAGAUUAAAUAAAGAAAAUGGUUCAAUAAAGCAGAAUUUGGAGGCUACAAAUGCUGCUCUGAGUGCCUCCAGAAUUGAAGGUUCUAGAGCAUCUACAAGUGGCACUUCUUCAAUCAAGGAGCUUGCAGAUUCAGUUGAUGGAAAAAAUAGGUCCUCAAAAGCUGUGCAAUAUUCCCCAGAGAUAAGAAAGUUGAAGUUAGAACUAAAGCAAGAACGUGAUCAAUUGACAAAUGUUCAACUAAAAUUUCGCGAGGAACAGGAAUUGAACAAAUCUUUUCGGGUGGAGCUUAAAAAGUUAAAAUCGGAAAGAGAAAACACAUCAAAGGAGACGAGCAAAAUACAAAAUGAAUUGAAUGAGAAAGCAUCAGAAAUAAAGCAUCUACAAUUUGAGCUGACUAGACGGCAAAACGAAGAAUCAGUGGAGGCUUUUGAUAGCUUGAAAAGACUAAUCAAAACCUUAGAGAAUGAAAAUACCAAUCUUAAGAUGGAGAAGAGUGAAAUUGAGGCCGCUCUUGAAAAAAGCAGGAAGUCUUUCACUGAAAAAAUGUUGUCGGAUGCUUUUCAUAUUCAGAAAAAGGAUUUAAGCAGCAUCAGUGAUAUGCCAGAUCAUUCUGACAAUUUUCCUGGAAAGGAAGAAAUGGAAAGAUCCUUACAAAAGCUAAGUAACGAUUUAAAGGAAACGCGGCGGGACAGGGACAAAGCAUUAAAAGAAUUGAGCCGCCUUAAGCAGCAUUUGCUGGAAAAGGCAUCUGAGGAAGCAGAAAAAAUGGAUGAGGAUAGUAUAAUCAUUGAAGAGCUUCGUGAUAGCAAUAACUAUUUAAGGGCUCAGAUAUCACAUCUCGAGAGAACUCUGACGCAAACAAUUGCAAGUCAGGAGGAACUGAAGAUGGCAAACAAUAUGGAAACUCUAAAGUCCAGGGAAAUCAUUGAUGACCUGAAUAAAAAGCUUACGAAUUGUUUGAGCACAAUAGAUUCUAAAAAUAUUGAACUUUCAAAUUUACAGACAGCUCUUGGACAGUACUAUGCUGAAAUUGAAGCCAAGGAACAUUUAGAAGAGGAGUUAGCCUGGGCAAGAAAAGAAACAACUAAGCUUUCUCAACUGUUGAAAGAUGCAUAUCAGAGAGCAGAUAUAUCAAAGGCCGAAAAUGAAGAAACUUUGGCCAAGCUUUCCCAAUCUGAGAAGGCACAAACUGAAUGGAAAGGUAGAGUAAGCAGGCUUGAGGAAGACAAUGCCAGAUUGAGGCGUGCUGUUGAGCAGAGUAUGACACGGUUAAAUAGAAUGUCAGUGGAUUCAGAUCAUCUCGUUGACAGGCGUAUUGUUAUCAAAUUACUUGUGACGUAUUUCCAGAGAAAUCACAGCAGGGAGGUUUUGGAUCUAAUGGUUCGCAUGCUAGGAUUCUCUGAUGAAGAUAAGCAAAGGAUAGGCAUUGCUCAGCAAGGUGCAAGCAACAGUGUUAUUCGAGGAGUUUUCCGGCUGCCUGGCCGCCUGGUGGGAGGCAUUUUGGGAGGAAGUUCGACUGAAGCAGCGGCAAAUGCAGGAUCUCAUAACCAGUCUUUUGCAGAUCUGUGGGUUGAUUUUCUUCUAAAGGAAACUGAAGAAAGAGAAAAGAGAGAAUCAGCAGGAAAUCCAGGUACAUCCACUGAAAAUUUACAUGAUAAAAGUCCAGAUACUAUUUCCACUACUCCCCCACUUCCCAAUCAGAGGUUUGGAUCUGUUCCACUUCCACCACUUCCCAAUCAGAGGUCUGCAUCUGCUUUUCCAAUAAAUUCAACAAAUCAAAACCUCAGUCUUCUUCCUCCUAGCUACCUUCAGCGUCCUGAAAAUUUUGGUUCUGACUUCUCAACAGUUCCUCUUACACCAUCGGAUGCCAAAACUUCUGGUUCGAACCUGAUUCCGAGAUACUGAAUAGACAUUUGAUCUUGCACUUAAUCUGAGGUAUAUAUAAUUGUUUUUUAAAUUGUAUGCAUGCGAUCUUGUUCAAUUAUUUCUUUCUCAUUCAAGAUGAGAGUUCUUUUCGCAAAGAGGGAGAAGGGUGAGGGGGUACUUUCAAAUGUCUAAAGUAUUUUUGUUUCCAAUGCCUUCAUUAUCUCGUCAUUUUUGUGUGUAUUCACGCAUAUAGUUUUGAAAAAAAAAUCCUGUUGUAUAUGUAUAAUAAUAUAAUUCUAUCUCUUCAAUGUAUAUUAUACACUUAAAAUCCUGUUGCACCUAUAAUAUAUUAGUAUUAUCUAUUUUGUAAUGCAUAAACAAAAUGUUUCAUGUGCGUAUACCUAAUUUAAUCUAA